AUGAACGGACUUUGCAAUGGGACGAGGUUGGUGGUCCUGGGGUUCCAAAGAAAUGCCAUUGAUGCAGAGAUUGUGCUGGGGCAGCAUGUUGGAAAGAGGGUUUUUCUGCCUCGGAUCCCCUUGUGCUCCUCUGAUGAUGAGAUAUUCCCUUUCCAGUUUAAGAGAAAGCAAUUUCCUGUCAGGCUCAGCUUCGCCAUGACAAUCAACAAGGCACAGGGGCAGACCAUCCCCAACGUCGGCAUUUACCUGCCCGAGCUGGUGUUCUCUCACGAUCAGUUAUAUGUUGCGCUAUCUAGAGCCAUUGCCAGAGUGAACAUCAAGAUCCUCGCCGUCCCAGCUGAUGAUAAAAAAGAAGAAGAAGUGCUCAAAGCAAAGUGA